ACAUUUUUACAAAUCAGAUUUGGAAUAAUAUACCACAUGGCUUCAUUUUGGCCUAUGGCAAACCAAUGGGUGACGUCACGGAGGCUCCGUCCAUCUUUAUAUACAGUAUGCAUCUAGCUAGCUAGACUUCAGCUACAUGGAGGACGACUGGAACGUUGCCGCCAUGGCAACAGACACCUUUGGCAUCACCGAGAUGAUGGCCUCCUCCACCUGUGAUGUCAUUUUCUCCACCGACCCUCCGGCACCACUAGUGUCGGUCUGGACUCAGUGUGAUGAUCCACCAACAUGUGACCGAGGCGUCAACACGAAUGAUCUGGACGAUCUGGCUGAGGAGUUUAUGAAGAUGAAGUCGACUCGAAGACGGAAGAAGAAAAGGAAACGGCGUGCAUGCAGAGCGAAGGACGUGUGUGAACACCAACAGCGAGCUCAACGAGCUGAACUGAACCUCCUCAGUUUCCAGCUGAACAUGUGUCGGGUUUACUGCUGGAGACGUUUCUACGACUCAGCUGAAGGAGAACGAGCUGCGGCUCAGUGCCGGUCUGAACUUCCUCCAAACGUCUCCAUCGUCCUCCAGAAACUGGACUCGGACUUUGCUGAGAUGAAGGAUCAGAUCCUGGAGGGAGUUCCUCUGGAGCAGCUCAGUCCUCUGACCGUCAUUUCUGAUUCGAUAAUAACAGGAGGUGGAUACGUUCCUGCUCAGAUCCUGUCUGACCUGAUGACAUGCCACCACAGGAAACACUUCAGCACUUCAUCACAUCAAGAUGAUGUUGUAGAAACUUUAACGUCGUCUGGUUUGAUCCUUAACAGCUUCACACAAGCUCAGAGUCAAACAUCUAGAGGAGGAGCCAGUGGGCGGGAAACAAAGAAAGUGAAGAUAGAUAAAGUCCCGGUGAAGAUAUCAGUGUGUCUUGUUCCUCAGGACAAAGGAGCUGCUGCAGCAAGAGACCUGAACCUGAACGAGGCCUGGUUCGACGCUGAGGAAGACCUGGGUCCUGAUGAAGACCAGGGUCCCAGUGAAGACCUGGGUCCACAUGAAGACAUGGAUCCUCAGGAAGACCUGGGUCAGAUCCAGGACCAGGCCUCAGCCUCGGUCACUAAACUAAAACCGUCGAGGUCUAAAAGCUGCAGCUCAGACGAGUUGUCAUCAGAGCGUGUGAGCAGCGCCACCAGAAGGACAGAGGUCAGCAUGGCACCCACGGCGAUGGGAACCUGCGUCGCCUGUCACUACGGCACCAUGGGAAGCUUCGACGCGCUGAUGUCACAGCUGACAUGCUCCACCCACACGACAGACAUGCAAUCAUCGACGCCAUGAUGGAGCUGAAGGUUCAGUACGGCGCCGCCCUGACACGACUUCCUAUUACAACUGUCACAGACAUGACAUCACAGCUGCUGAGGGCAGAGGACGCCACGCUGCCGUGAUGUCACAGGGAGACGUGAUGUCACAGUUAUUUAGUCAAGUUUAUGUUAGAAACAUCAGAAAGUUUCACUUUAAUACAAAGUUUUGCAGUUUGGUUUGAUUCUUGUUUAAAUGAAACAGGUUGAUCAGCUGUUGGUGUCGGGUCGUGUCCAGUCUAAAAUAAUAAUAAAAGACUGAUGAUGUAAUGCUGA